GCUGCGGCGCCGCGGCGGAGCCCAUAAAGGCCGCGGGGCAGCGGCGGCGCGUCCUUGUGUCUGUCCGUGUGUCCGUAGAUCCGCGACUCGCAGCGCCCGCUCUGCGCUCUGCCCGCCCGCGGGAUGCUGGCGCUGAGCGCCGCCCGACGCCUGCUUCGCCCGCCCGGGGACCUGCUGCCGCCGCCGGGGCUCGCCUCCAUGUGGGCGGCCGGCACCCGCGGCUGCAGUGGGGCCGGCGCUGGCUCGCCGAACCCGGUGGUGUACUUGGACGUGGGCGCCGACAACCAGCCGCUGGGACGCGUCGUGCUGGAGCUGAAAGCUGAUGUGGUCCCAAAGACAGCAGAAAACUUCAGAGCCCUUUGUACUGGUGAGAAAGGAUUUGGGUAUAAAGGAUCCACUUUUCACAGAGUGAUUCCUUCAUUUAUGUGCCAGGGUGGUGACUUUACAAAUCAUAAUGGAACCGGUGGAAAAUCUAUUUAUGGCAGUAGAUUUCCAGAUGAAAACUUCAUACUUAAACAUGUAGGACCUGGUGUUCUUUCAAUGGCCAAUGCAGGACCCAACACAAAUGGAUCCCAGUUCUUCAUUUGCACUGCAAAAACUGACUGGCUAGAUGGAAAGCACGUUGUUUUUGGGCACGUAAAGGAAGGAAUGGAUGUAGUGAAAAAAAUUGAGAGCUUUGGUUCCAAGAGUGGAAAGCCCUCCAAAAAGAUUGUCAUAACUGACUGUGGCCAGCUGUCCUAACCUUUUGCCCUAUCUUUCAUGACAACUCGGAUGCUGUGAAAAAUGAGUCAUAAAAACACCCAAACAUUUCUUAUCUCACAAGUAGCACCUAUGGAACCAUGUUUUUUAUUUAACUUGGUCCAACUUUUUUACUUAUAUUGAAUAAUAUUGAUUAAAACCAUAAAAUAGUAACUGAAGCAUGUUGUAACCACCACUGUGGUAGUCACACUGGUUUGGUAGAGUCCCCUUGUGUUUUGCAAGAAGUGCUAGAGUCACCCAGGGUGUACCUGACUGCAGUGUUGAUACUGUCUUUGGUAUUUGGAUGUUUCCGCUGUUAGAAUGGGUGGUGGAGUUGACUGCAGGGCUUCUGCAGUUGGGGGUUAGGUAUAAAUUGAGAAAUGUGGUGUUUCCUUUGGUGCUAAUAAAUUCUUAUUCUGUUGUUUGUCUCAUUUUGAAGCAAUACUACUGACCAGUGCUCUCAAGGCUGUCUGCAACAACACUGAUAUUUUCUUUGUGCCUCAGUUAAAUUCUGUCCAGUAGGUUUAAUGAGCAGCUGUGGAGUUCUUAAAAAUUAAUUCUGGUUUGGUCUUUCUUACAGUCUCAGACUACUUUUUAAAAAUAAACUCUACCUUACCUGCUUCAGUGAAACAAUUUGACUUUUGGGUUAAGUAAAUUGCUUUAGGUUGAGUUAGGCUACUACUGAAGCUCUACCUGGCAAUAGGACCUCAAUCCAGCCAAAGGAUCUCAGGACUUUUAUUAUUAUGGAACUGUGAACUUGAAGUGUGCUGCUCUGGGGUCUGGUUCUGUGAGGAAUACAGCUCAGUUUUCAAUAUAUGGCCUGUUUUUGUACUUUGAGAAUAUAAUCAGUAUAGUGAGCUUGCCUGAGUGAGAAAUAGGUUUCAUUUCCUUUCUUCAUGUUGAUCCUGGGAAGUCAGCCCAACUUGGGUAUUACUUGGAUUAUGAUUUCUUAUGCAUCAUCAUCAUCAGUCAGGACUGGUCACCACAGAAUCACAAGGCCUAAUCAGUGCAGCAAAAUCGUUAUUGUUGGGGUGUAUGCACAAGAAGGAAAGAAUUCAGCGGAUCAGCUCAAGACAUUUCAUUUGUAUAAAGCAGGAUGUAUUUCUAUGUGACAUGCUUAAGCAGCAACAAAUGCUGGAACCUCACACCAUUGCCUUUGGAAUCACUAAGGCUGUAAAGUAUCAAUGGUUAUGGGAAAAAGCACACAAUUGUUUUGUGCAAUAAUCUCAUUAGAGACAAGAAAAAAUGUGAUGGCUUUCUUCAAAUGUGAAUUUAUUUUCAUUGCAAGAUGAUAAUAUGUGGGUUUAAAACUAUUUUGUACUGGAUUUUUUUUGCACUGGGGUUGCACUCGUGUAUGCAAGGUAGUAUUUAGAAUGUAAUUUUGCAAAAAAUGGAAAUGAAAAGCUUUUUAUUCUUUCCACUGUAGCUGCUUAAUCUCUAUGGUAUUUUUUAAAUAUUAAAUUGUGUUGGUUUGGCUUAUUUCACUUGGACACAAUAACAAUUUUUUGUGCAUUCUCUUAAUUUGUGUAUGAAAAUUAUUAAAUACACUUCUGCCACAAAAAAAAAAAAA